UGCUUUCUCACUCAUCGAUAUUUCCGUUUUCUCCAAUUGGCCAAUUCGACAACUCUGAAAAAAAGCCUCCACCCUCUCUAUCUUCUUCUGUUUCUCUAUCUUCUCCACUAAAAUUCUCCCCGGUUCGGUUUUUUACCCGAACCGUUCUCUACCCCACUCUCUCUCAAGUUCCUCACUUCGCUAAACGAACUACGCAAAUUUUCAACAUCACCAAAACCUUUCAAUUCUCAAUUCGUUGUUAUCAUCACUUUUGUGAUCAAUCCAUUUCACAGUUUUAGAGAUCGGAGAGGAGAAGAUCUAUGGCGCAUAGGGUGGAUCAUGAGUAUGAUUACUUGUUCAAGAUCGUUUUGAUCGGAGACUCUGGUGUUGGUAAAUCCAACAUUCUCUCUAGGUUUACGAGAAAUGAGUUUUGCUUGGAGUCUAAAUCGACUAUCGGAGUUGAAUUCGCCACCAGGACUCUUCAGGUAGAGGGAAAGACUGUAAAAGCACAGAUAUGGGACACAGCGGGUCAGGAGCGGUACCGUGCGAUUACCAGUGCCUAUUAUAGAGGCGCUGUUGGUGCUCUCCUUGUAUAUGACAUAACUAAGAGGCAAACCUUUGACAAUGUCAACAGGUGGCUGCGUGAAUUGAGGGACCAUGCGGAUUCUAAUAUAGUGAUUAUGAUGGCUGGAAAUAAGUCUGAUUUGAACCAUCUUAGAGCUGUUUCAGAAGAUGAUGGUCAUGCAUUGGCAGAGAAGGAAGGUCUCUCUUUUCUCGAGACAUCCGCAUUGGAAGCAACCAACAUCGAGAAGGCAUUCCAGACCAUAUUGACAGAGAUCUAUCAUAUUGUAAGCAAAAAAGCACUUGCAGCUCAGGAAGCAGCUUCUGGUACCCCACUUCCUGGUCAAGGAACCACCAUCAAUGUUGCAGAUUCCUCUGCUAAUACAAAGAGAGGCUGUUGCUCCACUUAAUGUGACAUUUUCAGUAAAAUUGUUACUGCAGAUAGUAUUUUCCCCCCAAUUCUGUUUUUGCCCCUUUCUCUUCCUCUAUUUUUAUUUUUCCUUCUUUAUGGGUGAGAAAGAAACAUGUAGAGUACAUUUACUUUGUUGAGUUGCGAUGAGGAAGCCUGUGAAAGAUUCAAAACUAUAGCGUUGCUAGUUUCUUUUGGUUAUUUCUUCCUUGAUGUGAUAAUUUCUUUUGAAUUGAUGUAAUAUUAUUGGAGCUGACAGAUAUUAUUGAAGCUGACGUUUCAGGGAGGUCGUGUAAGAUUAAAAUCUGCUUUAGAUUUUUGUUUAUUA